AGUGGCUCUGCCGGGCUGCUCCAUCCCGAGUACGUGGCACUGCCCGUGGGGAGACGGGGAGGGGAUUCGGCUUUCUCCUCCCCACGAGGAGCCUGGGGACAUACUGACGGGGCGGGAGUAUCCUGGAACAGAUCGGUGCGUUCUCUUCGUGGAUCUGAACAGAUGAAGGUGGCCUGGCAGUGGCAGUGGCAGUGGCAGUGGCGGCGUCAGACCUGCUCUUCACUCUGUAUCCACUGUGAGCCACUGUGGUCGGUCUAGCCCUAGGAGCGGGGUCAGACGUGGGGCCAGGGCGCUCGCUCGCCACGCCGCAUGCGCAGAGCUGGGAGCCAGCCUCCGGGACUACAGCUCCCAGCGGAGCCCUAAGGUGGCCGCCAGCGCGGAGCCGCUGCCGCCAUCUUGAAAUCUGAUCCUCAAUCUCGGAGCCUUGGCGUCAGCAGCGGGCGGCCGCUACUGCACCCGGGACCUGGCCGGCUAAAAGGGGAGGACGUUGAGGACACGGCGGCUAGCGGGAGAGACAGCUGUAGCAGACCUGACAGGUCCCGAGCCCGGCCUGCGCCGCUGUCGCUCAGCAUCCCCCUGAGGCGUUUCUGUGCCCGCCCCCUCCCCGAGGGGCGGGGCUGCCACUUGGUACCCAGAGCCGGCGCGCGGGCGGAGGAGCUGCGUCUGCAGAGUGGGACCCUCGGGACUGUGUCAUGCUGGCCGGAGACCCCCGGGGCAGGAGACCGAGCGCAACCAAGAACCAGUGAGUGACCACCGAGCAGCCGCCGCCUCGGGGAAGCUCGGCGGCAGCCGCUAGGAGGCACGAUGAAGGAGAUUUGCAGGAUCUGUGCCCGGGAGCUGUGUGGAAACCAGCGGCGCUGGAUCUUCCACACAGCGUCCAAGCUCAACUUACAGGUUCUGCUUUCUCACGUCCUGGGCAAGGAUGUCUCCCGCGAUGGCAAAGCCGAGUUUGCUUGCAGCAAGUGUGCUUUCAUGCUCGAUCGGAUCUAUAGAUUCGACACCGUUAUUGCCCGGAUCGAAGCCCUUUCUAUUGAGCGCUUGCAGAAGCUGCUGCUGGAGAAGGAUCGCCUCAAGUUCUGCAUUGCUAGCAUGUAUCGGAAGAAUAACGAUGACUCUGGCGCCGAGACCAAGGCGGGGAAUGGGACAGUUGACAUUUCCGGCUUACCGGAUGUCAGAUACUCUGCACUGCUCCAGGAAGACUUUGCCUAUUCAGGGUUUGAGUGCUGGGUGGAAAAUGAGGAUCAGCUUCAGGAGCCACACAGCUGCCAUACCUUGGAAGGCUCUGGAAACCGACCCAGGAGAUGCCGUGGUUGUGCAGCUUUGCGGGUUGCUGAUUCUGACUAUGAAGCCAUUUGUAAGGUGCCUCGAAAGGUGGCCAAAAGUAUCUCCUGUGGCCCUUCUACCAGGUGGUCUACCAGCAUUUGCACAGAAGAAUUGGCUUUGUCUGAGGCUGGACCACCGGAUUUAACCAGCACAAAGGUAGCCCCAGAUGGAGAAAGCAUGGAGGAAGGGACACCAGGUUCCUCUGUGGAAUCUUUGGAUGCAAGUGUGCAGGCUAGCCCUCCACAACAGAAGGAUGAGGAAGCUGAGAGAAGUGUAAAGGAACUUGUAAAGUGUGACUGUUGUUCAGAUGAGCAGGCUCCACAGCAUCUGUGUAACCACAAGCUGGAGCUAGCUCUUAGCAUGAUUAAAGGUCUUGAUUAUAAGCCCAUCCAGAGCCCCCGAGGGAGCAAGCUUCCUAUUCCAGUGAAAUCCAGCCCACCUGGAGCCAAGCCUGGCCAUAUCAUGACAGAUGGAGUUAGUUCCGGUUUCCUUAACAGGUCUUUGAAACCUAUUUACAAGACACCUGUGAAUUAUCCCUUGGAGAUUUCAGACCUGCAAGAGCUAUGGGAUGAUCUCUGUGAAGAUUAUUUGCCACUCCGGGUCCAGCCCAUGGCAGAAGAGCUACUCAAACAACAAAAGCUGAAUUCAAAUGAGACCACUGCAACUCAACAGCAUGUAUCUGAUUCCCACUUAGCUGAACUCCAGGAAAAAAUCCAGCAAACAGAGGCCACCAACAAGAUUCUUCAAGAGAAACUAAAUGAAAUGAGCUUUGAACUAAAGUCUGCUCAAGAGUCAUCUCAGAAGCAAGAUGGAACAGUUGAAAGCCUCAAGGAAACCCUGAAAAGCAGGGAAAGUGAGACUGAGGAGUUGUACCAGGUGAUUGAAGGUCAAAAUGACACAAUGGCAAAGCUUCGAGAAAUGCUACACCAAAGCCAGCUUGGACAACUUCAGAGUUCAGACGGUACUUCCCCAGCUCAGCAACAGGUGGCUCUGCUUGAUCUUCAGAGUGCUUUAUUCUGCAGCCAACUUGAAAUACAGAAGCUUCAGAGGGUGGUAAGACAGAAAGAACGCCAACUGGCUGAUGCCAAACGAUGUAUGCAGUUUGUAGAGGCUGCAGCGCGUGAAAGAGAACAGCAGAAAGAGGCUUCAUGGAAACAUAACCAGGAAUUACGAAAAGCCUUGCAGCAACUGCAAGGAGAAUUGCAGAAUAAAAACCAACAACUUCAUACCCUGGAGGCUGAAAAAUACAACAAGAUUCGAACCCAAGAACAGAACAUUCAACACCUAAACCAUAGUCUGAGUCACAAAGAGCAGCUGCUGCAGGAAUUUCGGGAGCUCCUGCAGUAUCGGGAUAACUCAGACAAAACCCUUGAAGCAAAUGAAAUGUUGCUUGAGAAACUUCGGCAGCGGAUUCAAGAUAGAGGUGCUGCUCUAGAGCGGGCUAUCGACGAAAAGUUCUCUGCUCUGGAAGAAAAAGAAAAAGAACUGCGUGAGCUUCAUCUGGCUAUGAGAGAGCGAGAUCAUGACUUAGAACGACUGCGUAGUGUCCUCUCCUGCAAUGAAGCUACCAUGCAAAGUAUGGAGAGUCUCCUGAGGGCCAAAGGUCUGGAAGUGGAACAACUAUCUGCUACCUGUCAAAACCUCCAGUGGCUGAAAGAAGAAAUGGAAACCAAAUUCAGCCAUUGGCAGAAGGAACAAGAAAGUAUCAUUCAGCAGCUACAGACAUCUCUGCAUGACAGGAACAAGGAAGUGGAGGAUCUUAGUGCAGCGUUGCUCUGCAAGCUUGGACCAGGACAGAGUGAAAUAGCAGACGAGCUGUGCCAGCGACUACACCGGAAGGAGAGGAUGCUGCAGGACCUUCUAAGUGAUCGAAACAAGCAAGCUGUGGAACAUGAAAUGGAGAUGCAGGGUCUGCUUCAGUCCAUGAGCACCAGGGAGCAGGAGAGCCAAGCUGCUGCAGAGAAGAUGGUACAAGCCCUAAUGGAAAGAAAUUCAGAGUUACAGGCCCUACGCCAGUAUUUAGGAGGGAAAGACUUCAUGAUGUCCCAAGCACUUAUCUCUAACCAACUGGCUGAAGUUACUUCCGUUGGCCGCCAUGUUGGAGGGCAGCCUGAUCAAGGUUCAAUGCAAAUACCCUCAGGAGAUGAUAGUGCUUCAUUGACUGCCAAAGGGGAUUCCAGCAUAGCCAGGUCCACAUUAGGAGAUUUGGAUGCGGUUGCAGGGAUGGAAAAAGAACUGAAUAAUGCCAAAGAGGAACUUGAACUCAUGGCUAAAAAAGAAAGGGAAAGUCGGAUGGAACUUUCUGCUCUACAGUCCAUGGUGGCUGUGCAAGAGGAAGAGCUGCAGGUGCAGGCUGCUGAUAUGGAGUCCCUGACCAGGAACAUCCAGAUUAAAGAAGACCUCAUAAAGGACCUGCAAAUGCACCUGGUUGAUCCUGAAGACAUACCAGCUAUGGAACGCCUGACCCAAGAAGUCUUACUUCUUCGGGAAAAAAUUGCUUCAGUAGAAUCUCAGGGUCAAGAAACUUCAGGAAGCCGAAGACAACAAUUGCUGCUGAUGCUGGAAGGACUGGUAGAUGAACGGAGUCGUCUCAAUGAGGCCUUACAAGCAGAGAGACAGCUCUAUAGCAGUCUGGUGAAGUUUCAUGCCCAUCCAGAGAGCUCUGAGAGAGACCGAACUCUGCAGGUGGAACUGGAAGGGGCCCAGGUAUUACGUGGUCGGCUAGAAGAAGUUCUUGGAAGAAGCCUUGAACGCUUAAGCAGGCUGGAGACCCUGGCCGCCAUUGGAGGUGGGCAACUGGAAAGUGUGCAAGUUCAUCACAAGCAUGCCUUCUGAGCACUGGCGGGUCGUACUGCAGCCCAGGAUCGAAAACCUUGUUUGCACUAACCAGAGAGCCUUGUCUGACUUUGGCAGAGUUAACUGGUGACUUACUAAUCAUAGAACUGGUACAAGUAGCAUCAGCUACAAAGUGAAACUUGCUUUAGACUGUCUGCAUCUUGCUGUACGUAUCUAUCUCUAAAUUGAAUGGCGGGGGCUACGAAAUGAAUUUGCACAUUUGAAAUUGUUCUAUUUUAGUUUUCCCACCCAUAUUCAUUCCUUUCCCUAGCCUCUCCUUCUCAUUCUCUCAUUCCUUCUUUGGGCCAAUAAAGUUUAUUCCUCCCCCACUAUCACAAUCCAUCUCAAAAGUUCCAUAUCAUGUCAUAAAUGCAUGCGUGUGUAUUAUAUUUGUCAUUCAAUCAACUCCUGCUCUUUGAAUGAGGGCAUUUUUUUUUUUAAUUAAAUAAAGGAAAAGUUUCAAGGAGAGAGAGACUGAGUGUCUAGAGGAAGACAUGGCAAAAGCGGUAUGAUCCUUAGUAAUCAAAACCGAGAGAGAAGUCUUGUAAUAGUAGACAGCAAGUAUUGGGAGGGCUAGCCAAGUAAAGAGCAGAGGCAAAGACUUUUUCAGUGCUUGUAGUAAACCUUUACCUCUAAUAUUGUUUUAGAGUUGUUUAUUGAAUGACACAGGUGAAUCAGAUUAGGUUUUCUAUGACCCCUUUAAAAACCAAACCUGUUGCCAUUGAGUCAAUUCUGACUCAUAGUGACCCCUUUAGGUUUCUUUAAACCAAAAGCGUGCUGUAUUUAGUCAGAGCAGGACUUUAAGAAAGCUUUCAAAUCUUACAGAGUCAGAAUUCUCUACGUACAAAGAUAAUGCCCCCUUGAAAUUCAGUACUUCAGUGUAAACUUCAGUGCACCCUUGUUUAUGUUGCUUACUUACUUCCAUUUUGGUAGUGGCACUAGACAGUAUAAUACAUAGUGCCGACGCAUUUCUCCAUAUAGAAAUAAGUAAUGGGCUUCAGGCUUUGAAGUGCUUGUAUAGCUUAGAAAGAAAUGUGGUCACAGAUUUGUGUUCCUAGGUUUUAGUCAUAGUCUCAGUGCUUUCUUGUGGCACCAUGACAGGUGUAAUAAGGAAAGGCAUACUGAGGAUUGUAUUUCUGGUGUCUUAAAUGUCAAGAGUAUGAAAAGUAACCAAGAUUACUUUGGAGCUUUGUGGGUAUAACACCAUGAGGUUUCUUAUUUCUGGAUACAAGUUUCUUAGAUUAGAAGCUGAAAUUUCAGUUACUUUAAACAUGGAAUUUGUGAGACAGGGAUUGUAAGUAUGAUUUACAAUGAUUUUAGCAUUGUAAAAUAUUAUUGAGUACCCUUUCUGAGCUAGAUGAGGCACAGUGACUUUUAUUUUUCCUUCCAUUUUUUACAUGGCACUUUUAUUUCUUUCACCUUCAUGUGUUGACAUGACUUGGAUUGCAUUCUAAAUUUCAUCCAAGUUUUUGUAACCUUAGCUGUAUCUGUAAUAGGUAGAGCAUUAGUCAAACUAAAAAGGCCAGGGGAGAAAAUGUUCUACUGGAAAAAUGCACUAGAAUCUUCUGAUUAAAUAGUUUGCAAAAGAUUGAUAACCGCAAGCCUUCCUCUUAAUGGAUAUGUACCAUUCGAGUUUAUUGGCCUUUGAGGGAAGAAGGAGUCAUUUAAGGAGAGGGAUGGAGAGGGAAGCAGAACUAUCCAAUUUUCUGUCUUCAAUUUUAAGAGACCUUUUCCUUCACAAAACAUUCCAGAAGCCAUAAGGAGGAUAAUUGACCUAUAAAAAUGCCAACCCAUCAAAAGACUAGUCUAUUGUGUCAUUGCAAGAGUGCAUUUAGGAAAUGUCUUCCCUUCAUUUUCCUAGUAGACCAAGGAAACUUUCUAAAUCUCUAGUUGAAAUUCACCCAUGGGUGACUCUUGGGUGCUAAUGGCUCAUAAUGAUUACAAUAAUUUAUGUUAAUUACCACUUCUUCUCUCAGUCUCCAACAAGAGUAGGAAUAUCCCUAGGUAUCUUGAAUUGUUGCUAUGUAUUAAUAUUCUAAUUAAUAUUAUAAAUAUUAAUGUAGCUUAAUGAAUAAUAAAGAACCCAACUUCCUAUAAAAAAAGUUAUCAAAAUGGAUUAGGAACCAAGUAAGUGAAUUCUGACCCUGAUUUGGACACUGAAAAGACAGACUAAUUUGUGCUUUUGUUAUUUGCAUCAAUCCUGUAGUUGAUGUUAUGCCUUAUAGGAAAUAUAAAAAAAUUAAGCAAUUUAGUGGCAAAGGAUAAGUUAGGAGUUUGACCUUGGUACCAUAGAUAUGACUAAAAUCUGGAACUAACCUUCUGGUCUGGAUAGCUGGAAUGAGGUUUGAAAGGAGUGCUACCUGGGGAGGGCUUCCUGGUCUAACAAUUUUACGUGAUAAUUUGGCAUCUGAUCUGAGAACACAAUUUCAAUGGAUUUUUUUCUUUGGAUCAGAGAUAGAUGAUGCUGUAAUUGGACAACAUCAUUUAUGUAAUCAUAUUUGGCAUGAUAUAAUGCGAUUCUAAUCUCUCUUCAGGAACAUAGAUCCUUUCUAUUACUGGACUAGUUUACCUUUCUUAGGCAUUUUUCAACAUGACAAUAACUUUAGGUAACACAUCUUGUGCUUAUAGAACUUUAUGUGUGAGAAACUUUUGAAAGAAAUUGAGUGAAUUAAAUGCUUCCUCAGCCCAUGCUUAACUGGAAGUAUGGAAUUUAAACUGAGAAAAAUCCAUAUUGGUAAAUUUGGUUUUUCUUGCAAUUAUUUUUCAAGAAAUAGCAGAUGUGUGGAGUAAUGGUUGUAAGAGGUCAGCAUAGAUGAAAACUAGAGUUUAUAGAACUAAAGAGUUGCAAAGAACCUUCAGGAAGAUUUAUUUAGUGAAUGAGGGUCCUUACUGAUAAAUAUGUCCCCUAAACUCUUUUCUAUUGCAAGUUUAAACUGUAUUGAAAGCUGAUGAUUGUUAAUGCCUAACAUAAGUCAACAUUUUUCUAAUGUUCUCUUUUUUUAGUAUCUAGCCAAAUACUAAUAUUUUGAAAAGGCAUAAUUAGGCUAUUUUAAUAUGUCAGUGUUUCACUUUGACAGGAUGUAACCGUACCCUGUCUCCCCAUCUUCCCCCUGCCCCCAUACCUACUUUUCUUCAUUGCUUGUGGACAGAAACAAUAUUUUUACUCUGUGUCUCAAGGAAAGUAAAAAUUUACUUGUUCAUAUUUCAAAAGUACUUUUCAAUUACAUUAUAUAUAGUAAGAUCUCUAUUAAGAAUCAGGAUUCUUAACAUGUGUAGGAUAUCAGAUCCUAGCCAGAAGAAGUGGUCCCUGGAAGGCUCUUUAGUAUCUUCUGCUUACAGAGUUUGUAAGUGACCUCUGUGGAAGAUACACAUAAAAAACCUGGCACUUUUAUGCUUAUGUUUCCUCUUCAGUAUCUGAACCAUGAGAAGUUUGGCUUAUAGCUUCAAAACCAUGAAGGAAAAUUGAGCUUGGUUCUCUCUGCUUCUGUCUUCCAGUUGGAUCUGGAGUUCUUAGAUUAGGGAAAGGAGGAGCAGAUCAGAUUAUACUGAUCAUUGCUUCUUCCUUUGAGGAUUGAAGAUUGACCUACUUAAAGCCACUUCGCUUUGGACCGUUGUUGGCCUUAGAACAAUUCUUUAAUCCCUUUAUUUUCCUUGAACCUAGUAUUAUAAAAUUCUAGUUCCACUGUUAGGGUAAGUCAUUGAUUGGUGGUGUCGUGGUCUUUUUGACAUCCUUCAAAAAACGUAAGUUGCCUCUUCAACUAGGGUCUCAGUUCUGCAGCCAGUGUUGUACAGGGAAAUGUGACAAACUUCCAAUGAAGUGAGAAAGAAAUAUUAGUAACUACACACUUAAAGUCCAUCUCCCAUCUCACCUUCUAGAAAUUCUACUAGAGGAAGAAUGAAUGAAAUUAGCUUUCUUUUUUAGAUAUUAACAUCCUGUGAAAUGCAAGCACGUAUUUUCUCUUCUUUCUUUUGAAGUUCAGAGAGCUUUUCUUCUCCCUUUGGUAGCACUAUUUUUAUAUAGACAUUUAUACUGUAGAAAGAACAGCAAGGAAUAUAGAGCUCGUAUAAGGCAGCCCUAUUUAAAAACCAACAGACAGAGUGAGUCAAUAGGACAAUUCAUUGGAGAUAUUUCUGUAGUUACUAGUUUCUGAGUCUUAAUUCAUUUUGGAAUAUGGAUUUAAAUCAUACUCCCACUAAGCAUUUGCAGCAACAACUGUGUUAAAACAUUAUGUCUUAGAAGAUAAACAUGUUGCACCUAAGUAGUCUUAGAGUUGACGGAAGGUAAGUCCUCAGCUUCUAUAUGUAAUCACAUAAGCCUGAAUGAGUUUCUCAAAUGAAAAAAGUUAACGUUGUAAUUUGCUUCCAACCAAAAAUGGGAAGUGGAAGGGAAAGACAAAGCUACAUGGCUGCCGAUACUAAUUUUACAUCAGAUUUCAAAUAAGAAUAAUUAAACUGAUAAAGUGAUUUAAUAAUUCUUGUUUUACUUUCCCUUUUUGUUGUUUAAAGUCCAGUUUCAGAAAGAAAAAUUUCUAUCAUACUGCUUUGUUCUUGUUAAAGCUGUGAGGAUAAAAUAGGAAGUCCAGCAAUGUCAGAAAAUGUUUGGUCUAAGGUAAUAUGAAAAGUAGGGGUGUUAGGUACAUGAGCCAAAUAAUCUUCACUGUUCCUUAGGAACUCUUAAUUGUCUAGAAAAUGCUUGUAAUGUGCUUUCAGUAUAUAACACAAGUAUGCAGUGCUUUUGCAAUUAUCAAAAUCAUUGGUCUCAAGCGUUCAACUUCUCUCUCCGUCUGUAAACUUGAGAGGCAUGUGUAUAAACAAGUAUGUUUUAUUAAUCAUGAAUUUCUGUUUCAAUGAAGAAUUUCCAUCUGUUUCAGUUUGAUAAUAAAAGCAGUUUUUUCCUGCUUUUAUCACCUAUAAUUUUGAUCUUGGGGCUGUUGAGAAAAGUUCAAGCAAUUCAUAACCAUUUCAGAUGAAGAAAGAAGCACCCUGUUAAAUGAUCCAGAAACUUGGCAUUAGAUUAUUUGCAGGAUUAUCUCCCCACCAAAAUAAGCUGCAUAUUUUUCUCUGGAAGUUCAUUUCUGCAUGGCACUGUGCUGUGUUAAACUGUGUUAACGUGUGUGCUGGAAUGGAGAGUGUACGUUUUGAUAUAUUAGAAUUUCAGCCACUCCAGUUGAGAGACUAAAAAUUGUCUUACUGAUCCAAUAAAAGUAUCAAAGGCCAACGGUAACUAUUUGGUUUCCUUUUUUUGAGAAAAGAAGUAGACAAAGUACAUCUUUUUUUUUCCCCCUUAUAGGGCAAUCAGCCUAUUGACCUUUUUACUAAAAUUCCAAGUCAAAGUAAGGUGCUAUGGAAUGAGUAAAUGGCUUUGUAUUAAUUUAACUAAAGAAAGGACAAGGAAGAAACCUAGAUUUUUGUUCUCCCAAGGAAGUGAGAUGAAAAAAAAAGCGCUAUGCUUUCCCCAGAAAUGUGAAAUGGGCUACUUCACCUUGGAAAAUCUUUCUUGCUCCUGAAGGAGAGUAGUAGAAAGCAGGAUAGAGAUCUGAGGAACCAACUAUUCUGAUGGGCAGUGGCAUCUCAGGAAAUUGGUCCUAAGAAAGUCUGCUUUUUGUGUUCUUUUAACAUAAAAAGAGACCAUGAGGAGAAAGAGUCCCUUGAGUGAAAAUUAUAAGAUUAUGGAAUAGAUAGAGUGGUCAAAUCUUCGGAUUUGCCCAGGACAGUCCCAAUUUAUAUCUGUCCUGGUCAGCCUAAGAAUAGGUGACUCUGUAGUUUUAUUGGAUACUUAUCCUUUUGAAAAAGUGAAAACUCUUUCCAGAAUCCUGGGGAAUUUUCAUACCCCUAAACAUUUUUUAGAUUAUGGUCUUAUCUUUUUAGGUCGCAGAAAGAAGCUGGUUCUGAAUGAUGUACAAGCUGGGUUUUUUUUUUACAAGCUGAAAGGCCUUCCAGUUUACUUAAGAGGUGAUAAUUUAAAGACAAAGACAGACCAUAGACAAGUUUGGCUGCAGACAGCAAUAUUCUUAUCUAGCUACUUCUGUUCCAAGAUUAGAAACUGUCUAGUUAAAGAAUUUUAUUUCUAGGCAAAGCUUAUGGAAGACUAUAUGAGAUUCUAGAGUUUCCUUAUGGUCCAGAAAAGAAUGAACAAAAUUGCAGGGUUUGAUCUUUUUUCUUUGAUUCUGUCAACUAGCAUCAUAAUAUUAAAGUUAAUACUAGUUCAUAAAAGGUGAAAACAUGAGAAUUCUUUUAAUGAGCACGUGGCAAACGGGGUACCUGGGAGUGAAAGUGAGAUGGGUCUAAGAGGGCCUGGCACUGAGCCUAGCACUGAGGGAAAGAACAGUUGGGCCCUUGGCAGAGCAAAUUUGGUCAUGCUGUAAAGUUUUAGCUCUUUGAGUCCCUUUUCAAAAUUGGUAAAAUAUGACACCUGCUAUGUUCUGAAUAACGAUAUGGUGAAAUGCUACUCCUUUUCUGUUGAUCCCAUAUAAACAGGCUUAAAGAGCAAAUACUAAUAACUGUAGAGUAGAAUUUGGGAAAGACAGCCUCAACUGCCCACCCAGUUUGGGCUCAUUGCUGGAGAUUUAUAUAUAAAUAGAACUUUAUAUAUAAUUAAUUUCCUUCUAAGGCUUAUUCCAGCAUAGUGGAGUUUUAUGGCAGUUAUAAUUUAAUAACGAAUCCUUUUUGUAAAGCACCUAUUCAAAAGAGUUCAUCCUCUUUUACUGAAAAUUUUAUGCUCUUUCAACUGUCCUGUGAUGCAGGGAGAGAAAAGAGUAUUAUUUUAAGCCUCCUGGUAGGGGAAACAGAUACUCAGAAGUGAAGAAGUGCAGAUAGAAUUAACCAAGAUCACCCAGUUAAUGACAUCAGGUAUAUAACUUCCCUCUGCUAACUACAUUUAGGUUCUAUGGCCUUCAACUUGUUUAAGCCUUCAACCUUCCAGCCCAUGGACCACUUCGAUUUACCAACAACAAUGAUAAUAAUAAUAAUGGAUAACAUUAACUGAGCACACACUGUGUGCCAAACACUGUUCUAAGCACUUCAAAAUCAGCAAACCUUGUAAAGUUCACAACAACUUUUGUGGAGUGGAUAUUAGCAUUAACACCAAUUAAAAAAUGAGGAUACCAUGUUACAGAAAUAUCAUGACCUGCUGGUUAUUGGCAGAAGCAGAAUUCAGAUCCAGACAGUCUGGCUCCAGAGGUGAAAUCAUCGCGCCAUCCUCAGUUUAAAAAGCUCCACAAAAAUAUGAAUUUUUUUUUUGCCUCAGUGAUAAGGAGGGUACCUCAUAUUUGCCUAAUGCUUAAGUUUUCACCCAAGGAUGUUAUACUUUUAUAUGUUAGAGGAUUAUUUUAGUUCUGUGUACACUGUAGAAUCAGACAUAUGGUAGAAAAUAAUUUUUGAAAUCUAAGUAAGGGACAGUUUGGUAUCACCUCUAUUUUGUCUGAUUUGGAGCCUGGAGACUUGCAAGGACCACAACUUGUGAACUAUCGCUGAAGCUUCAAAUAAAAGUUUUUAAUCAAAUUGUCAGUCUAGCCUGGAGGGGAGAUGAUAGGGUGGAGGGGGUUAGAAGCUGGUGAGAUGGACAAGAAAAGAGAGAGUGGAGGGAGAGAGCAACUGGGAAUGUGUAGCAGGGUGUAUAUGGGGUUUUGUGUGAGAGACUGACUUGAUUUGCAAACUUGCACUUAAAGCACAAUAAAAAUUAUUUUUAAAAAUUGCCAGUCUAACAUGUAAUACAUAAUCAUACGAUAAUCAAGUUAAUAUUAAAUGAACAGAUUCUUACCUUCAGAGAAUCGAAAGGUGGCAGAUCAUUUUCAGGCUUUAUCAAAAAUAAGGAGAAGAUGCACCAAUAUAAAAUAGUAGAUCUCUCUAAAUUAGAAAUUUAAAGUAUUACAAAUUAGUCCUGGAGAAGAAUGUUUUGCUGCUUCUUAAAAGCCUAGAAAGGGAAUGUCCCACAAAAAAAGCAGUUCUUUCAUUGUCAUUUAUAAGAAGAUGGAAACAGUAACAACAGAAAGGGGGUGUCUAAUACCAACUUAUAUUUAGGACCUCAUGUGGGAUCAUUUAUUUCCAUGUUUCCGGCAAAAAAAUUUCAGCUUUCUUCUACCCGUCAAACAAAUACACAAAAAAAUCUUUGAGCAUUCCAAAUCAAUUGUUAAAAAACUGAAUGAGCUUUAAAGCUGCCACAAAGGAAGGACAGCAGACUGUGAGCUAACCAGAAAACAAAAGCUCUGAGUGUUGGGAUGAGAUGGGCAUUUUUGCUUUGUCUCCAUCUAACUCCUCAUGAAGUCAAAACCAUGGCACCCUGCCCCCAAGUAAAUUAAAGAGAGGAACGAAAAUGUGUCAUCCAUCAGGAAGGCCAACAAAGGUAAGUGGAGGGCAGGAAGUGUUAGAGAAAAGCCUUCAAGGCCAGUGACAGUCACCCUGUCUAAUCCCCACAUACAUUAUUCCAGAAACCUAGUACAGGAAUCUUCUUGGGAUGUGGGCCAGCAUGGCUACACGGCCCACCAAGAAUGGUAUGAGGAUGAGAAUCCUGGGUCUCAUAGAGCUGAACUUCCUUCAACCAAAGAAUCAUUCUCUAUCCCAAAACUCAGAAAGGAGGCAAUGUAAAAAGUAUGUAUUCUUAAUUAGUUACUGAGUAGGACAGUUCAUUUUCUUUGCAGGAAAAAAAAAAAAUUCUGAUCUCUACUGUUGUCCAGGGACAGAUUUUCAAAAGUAAUCAUGAUAUUAUAUGGCUGUCCUCAGGUGCAUUGGCAUCCUGGUUCAGUGAAUUUCCAAAGCACCCAAAGCUUAGGGGGUUUAGUCAUUCAUCUCCAUGCCACCAGUAUUCUGACUGAGAUGGUUCUGGGGCUCGCGUUUGAAAGAGUAAGCAUUGGAAGUCUCUGUUGUACACUAUUUGUCAAGGAUUUCUAAGGAUGCUGAAUGGUGGCGGUGCCUCCUUGCAGGCAAGUCUUUACUGAACAGGGCCCUACUCUGCUCCCAAAUUAUCUGAACAUUCAUGGUCAGGAUCAGAGGACCAGUCGUAAGGUAGCUAUUAGGACAACAGGCUCACUAUCCCCUUAGUGCUUUGAUGAGCUCAACCUUGGGCGUUGGAAGUAUUCUGAAUGGACUUGCAGCUGCCUAGGAAGGCAUGUAGGUAGAAAUCACCCGUUCAGCUUACCUGCAGAGGGUAGUGAAUGCUCACUACUUGAGCCUUCUAUCCAUGCAUGUCUGAGCUCAGGAGCAGGUCCUUUGGUCUUGGAGGAAGAAGCAAAGGUAAAGAUCUAUGAUUUAUCAUCAGAAGGAACGAGUACCCCUGUCUGAGAGUCUAGAUCCUAGCUUCUUGCACAGCUCUUGUCAGUGACUAGCUGUGUAACCUUGGACAAGCCACAUAAUCACCUGGAAACACAGAUUACUCAGCCAUCAGGUGCAGAACUAGAUCUUGAGGUUCUUUAACUUAGGUAAGUUCUGUGAGACACAGGGAGGUCACAGUAGAUUUUCUUUGGUGUUCAAAUGAAUUAACCAUUGUGAAUUCCUACACUUUCAGAAGAAAUCAGCAAUGUGGGACACAGGUCUUGAUCUAAAACUAGGUGGACGGUGAUCUAACAGAUGUGGAGAAGGAGAAAUGCCCUAAAUUUGUACUUUCCAAUACUGAGCCAGUAGCUACAUGUGGCUUUUUGAACUUGUUUAAUUGAACUUAAAAAUUCCAUUCCUCAAUCACUCUAGCCACAUUUCAAGUGUUCAGUAGCCACAUGUGACUAGUGUCUACUAUAUUGGGCAGCUCACAUAUAGAAUACUGCUGCCUUUGGAGAAAGUUCUAUUGGUCAGCAUUUCCCCAGACCUUUGCCCAGACCACAAACUGCAGCUACUUGUCGCUUAGGGCAGAGUGUAAAUGUCUGUGCUCCUAGGGUGACUGAGCCCAGCUUUUGGGACUAGAGGAUGGAUUAGGUCCCAUAUGAUAAUGUGAUAAGUCCUAUAGGCAAAGAUUGUUGGCAUCGAAUAGGAGUUUGGGCGAGAGAGGGAGGAGGGGAAGCUAGAGCAAGGAAUUAGGGCACACCUGACCAUUCUGUGCCUUAGGCUUUGACUAGCUAGACCAGAACUUCUGUAGGACUCAGGGAUCCCAGAGGGGAGUUCCUCAGAUCAUCACCACAUUGCAUAACUGGUUUCCAAAAUGGAAAAGAGUGAGAGCGACAAGGCUGGUCUUAUCUCUGGAAAAUCAGUGACCCUCUCAGCACUCACUGGUGGGAAAAAGGUCACACUUGACCCAUGUUACAGAAGAGAAAGUUGACAUUACAUAGCCAGCCUGUAUCGAGGAAGGAAAUAACUCAGGUUUUCUGGAAAUAGGCGAGGAGUAACUGCUCUAUCCCAACAGUUGACUUCUUAGGCAGAGGACUGUGCAGUAAAAGGGAACUAAUGUUUUGAUGCUUGGGCUUAGGUGUUAGUAAGCAAGUACCAGUGAUACACGGAGAAGGCUUUUCCACAGAUUUGGCACAAUCUAUUGCCUCUGCCUUCCCUGUUGGCCCUGCUGGCUAGAGGGCAUUGCAUAUGGGGACAGGAAGAAAUCAGAGGCUGGUGGCAAAAAGAGUGUAAUGUUAGCUGCUG